AUGGAAUUGAAUUUUACCAGUCCAACAUUUCCUAAAUCGACAAAACCAUCUAAAGAUCGACGUCCGGAAUUAACUGUAGAAGAAAAUGAUGAAAUUAAAGAAGUAUUUGAAUUGUUUGAUAAUGAUAAAGAUAAUGAACUUGAUUAUCAUGAAUUCAAAAUCGCACUUUGUGCAUUAGGUUUUGAUAUUCAUAAAGCAGAAGUAGAAAGACUCAUGCGUGAUUAUGAUCGACAAGGAACGAAUAAAAUAACUUAUCAUGAUUUUCAUGAAGUUGGUAAUUAUUAA